UACCGAAGCCGGGGAGCGGAGGCGCAAACCCCCCCCCCCCCCCCCCUCUCUCUCCCCGGCGCCAUGGGCGGGGCCUCCAAGCUGCUCUCGUCCCUCCUCCUCACCUCCUCCCCGCUCCGCCUGCGGCCCACCACCGCCGCCGCCGCGCUCUUCCUCUCCCCGCCAUACUCGGCCUCGCGCCGCCUGCUCCUGCUCUCCUCGCGAUCCCGACUGCGCACCCUCUCCUCCUCGUCCGCCGCCGCCGCAAACUCCUCGCUUCCGCACGGCUCCAGCUCCGCCUCCCCGACGCCGCCGCCCCGAGCUCCUUUCCCCGAGUGGUCCCGCCUCGUCGACCGCCUCGCCGCCGCCGGGUACGCCUCCCGCGCGCCCAGCCCCGCCGACGAGCUCGCCCUCGCCUCCGGAUGCGGCCUGUCGGACGGCGCAGAAGCCGCUGUCGCCACCUGCCUCGCCUUCGCGCGCGAUCGGCCUGACCUCCUCAGGUCGCUUCCAAGGGAGGAUGUGGAGGUCCUGGUGGCCAAAGCAGCGCCGCUUCUGUUCAAGGAUUGGGAGGCUUCAGCGCAGAGGCUGCGACGCUACCUUGCUGGGGAAGAAACCGAUGUCAUUGUUUCAGAGAGGGCUGAAACUGUUGAUAUCGUUCGAUAUCUAUUAAGUUACACAUACAGUUCUUCUGACAGCUACUCAGAAGACAAGGAGCUUAUUGAUUCAGCUGUGAGAAAUAUCAUGGCUGAGUUAGUAAGUUUUAGUUGUCUUUCCCAGUCGUCAAGUUUUGCGGAAUCAACUCCCAAGAAAAGUUCUUUGAGUCAACAUGAACGAGUUUCCAGGCCUCCUGGACAAAAUAUCGAAAUGAAGCGAGGUGACUGGAUUUGCAUAAGAUGCAGCUUCAUGAACUUUGCAAGAAAUGCUAGGUGCCUUGAGUGCAAUGAGCAGCGGCCAAAGAAGUUGCUAACUGGUGGAGAGUGGGAAUGCCCUCAGUGUGAUUUCUGCAAUUAUGGAAGGAAUAUGUCUUGCUUAAAAUGUGAUUGCAAAAGACCAGCAACAAUCCCACCAAAUCCUUCAUCUGCUGGUGCUGGUUUAGGUGGCGUGGUACAGCUUCUUAAUGUAACGAAUGUUGGUAAAUCUGAAAUUGAGAGAAAACUUGCCGAAAAUGAUGAAAAGGCUGAAAGAUGGUUGAGCAAAGUAUCUCAACUCGAUGAUUCUGCUGAUUUAAGUAGUCUAGCUGAAGAUGAGGACUUUCCUGAGAUUAUGCCUAUGCGCAAGGGGGUGAAUAAAUUUGUGGUUAGCACCCGCAAAACACCACUUGAGAGAAGGCUGGCAAAUGCACAGUACAGUAACAAUGGCCCUCAAGCUGCAUCAUCUGACUCAAAGAUCAGUCAAACUUUGGACAGGAUACUUGGGCGUUCAAAUUCUACUGCAGCCUCAAACAAUCAACCUGGAACUGGAGAUGCUCUGAAGAAAUCAACAGACCAACUUAGCAGUGUUGAUCCUGUUCCGUUUGUGCCCCUACCUGCAGAUAUGUUUGCUAAACCACAGAGUAAUAAUGGACAGGGAAAUCUGGAUGGCCAAAUAAAUGCAGAAUCUGACAGUUCCAUGGAGAAUCGCACAGUGCCUUUACCUGAGAGCCAAUAUGGAAUGGACUCAUCAGAUACUGCUGAGAAAUGGUCCAAGAAAGUAGCAGAACUUGACAGCAUAAAUGAUGUCCCAAGUGUGACUUCUAAUGAAAACGUCCCCGAGAUUAUGCCAAUGAGGAAAGGUGAAAACCGGUUUGUGGUUAGCAAGAAGAAAGACCGCUCACUGACAUCACCACAGUACAAAAGGCGCAGUUUGCUUGAGCAUGCUGACAAUUCUGAUUUUAUCCCAUUUGUUCCAUUUCCUCCUGGUUACUUUGCUAAUAAAGAUAAGCCGGUAGAGAGUACUGCAGAGACAGGAAUAAUGUCAGAAGGUUCUCCAGCAUCUGAAAAGCGCAUGGAAACAAAUGCUUCAUCAGAAAAGUUCGGAAACAGAUCAAAUACUUCACAGGUGGUGGGUAGUCAGCCCAAAGGUAACAUGAAUAUUGAGAAAUGGAACAGAAAUUACUCUCAGCAAAACUCUAGUUCUGGUGGUUAUGGUGAAAGCAACAACUAUCAGCAUCAAUCACAAUCUCAUGGGGCACAAUCCUGGCCUACUUGGAACACAGGCCGCUCUCUAGGGCACUUUAGUGAGAGCAGAGGUGAAUCUACUUACAAUGAAGCUAACUCUGCACAACAACCUUAUAAUUCAGGUUAUAACAACAGCAGCAAUUCUUGGAGCAGUGAGAACAAUAACAGCAACACUGCUUGGACUGGCAACAGCAAUUAUAACAACAAUAGUGCUUGGAGGGGCAACAACAAUUAUAACAACAAUAAUGCUUGGAGUAGUAAUACUUCCUAUAGCAACACCAGUACUUGGAACGGCAACGACAGCUCUAACAGCAAUACCUGGAGCAGCAGUCAUGGUUAUAACAACAAUGCAACGUGGAGCAACAACAGCCACAAUGCGUGGAGCAGCAGUUACAGCAAUAACCAGGGUGGCUCAUUUGCUGACAAUAGCAAUGCCACUAGCAGCAGCGGUUCCAUGAACGCUAAUCAGACAGUUCACAACUCAGGUGGUUAUGGAGGAAGCUCAAAUAGAGGUUAUACUGGAAAGAGCUUAGAAGGAUCUGCUGUGAAGGAUCCUGAUCCGCUGGACAUGUCUGAGGAAGCCAAGGCUGAGAGAUGGUUCAGGAGAGCAGCCCAGAUAAAGGACAUUUCUGAGCUUGCCAACAUUCCAGAUGAGGACUUCCCUGAGAUAAUGCCGAUGAGGAAGGGGGUGAACAGGUUCGUGGUGAGCAAGCGGAAGACACCUCUGGAAAGGAGGUUAACAUCUCCGCAAUACAGAAGGAACCUGCCAGUUGUCAGUUCUGAACCGGAGAGAGAUGCUAGCUGAAAACACAGUCGUCAUGACUGCGUGCAUACGUCAAUCACGACUGCGAUGCAACUGUGCCAGUUUUACACCAUGGUAUUCUUUGACACCUCUUAUGCAAAAAAAAUAUUCUUUGACACCUAAUCGUGACACUAAGCCAGUGUUGGAAACAGAAAUCUUGAAAAUAAAGCCCAGGAAAGUUUUUCUAUAACUAUAAGGUAAAAAUUUUGUCUGCAACAGCCAGCGGUCUGCUGAAUUUUGUUUGUUACGUGUAUCUUUAUACGAAUGUGUGUUGUACUAAUACCUUCAAUACUGAACAUGUGGUCUGUGGAUGAGAUGAUCAAAGUUUUGGCUUGUCUGAGGUUAAACAUGUUGUAUA